AACUAAUAUCUCAAAAUAAAUUAGUCAGUUUCAAUGGCUAACCCAAUGAUUAAUUCAAUCCUGUUCUUCUUCCUUUUCACCUUUACCGCCAUGUUUGCUUCAACUACUUCCGUUGAUGUAAGAGGCGCUUACUGGCCUUCAUGGUUACGAAACACACUUCCACCAUCAGCUAUACCCUCUAAUUACAGUCAUGUAUUCUACGCUUUCGUCGGAAUCAGUUCAUCAAAUUACCAGCUAGUUGUAAAACCAGAAGACGAUCAAUGGAUGACAACUUUUACUACAUCUCUUCUUUCGAAAACUCCUCGUGUAGUAACUCUGUUAUCCAUUGGAGGAGGAAGUUCAGACACAAGUGUUUUCACUGCUAUGGCUAGUAGUGCUUCUAGCCGUGCAAAUUUUAUCAAUUCCACUAUUCAAGUGGCUCGUAAAUAUGGUUUCGAUGGACUCGACCUUGACUGGGAAUACCCGUUAACUCAAGCAGCCAUGGUCAAUCUAGGAACUCUCCUCACAGAAUGGCGUAAAGCUGUUAACGAUGAGACUGGUCGAACGGGGAAACCAAGGCUUCUUCUAACGGCAGCUGUUUACUUCACGCCAAGCGCUUAUAUCCUGUCAAGCGAGCUUACAACGUACCCGGCGCAAGCAGUACGUGACUCCCUCGAUUUUGUCAACCUAAUGUGUUACGAUUAUCGUGGAGAUUGGGAUACAUCCAAGACUGGUGCACAUGCUUUGCUUUACGACCCUUCAAGUCAAAUUAGUACUAGUGCCGGAAUUCAGGCAUGGAUACAGGCCGGCUUGCCGGCAAACAAAUUAGUUAUGGGAUUACCAAUGUACGGGAAAACAUGGAAGUUGAAGGAUCCGAAUGUGAAUGGAAUUGGUGCAGCUGCAGUCGGGGUUGGUCCCGGAGCAGGGAUUCUAAUUUAUUCAGAUGUCGUGAAUUUUAAUGGAGUUAGUGGGACUCGAGUGGUUUAUGAUACGCAGACAGUAUCUAUGUAUUCCUACCGCGGAACCGAUUGGGUUGGAUAUGACAAUCCUACAACUAUUGAUGUCAAGGUUAAAUAUGCUCGAGAUAAUAGCAUGGGUGGGUAUUUCUUCUGGGCAAUUGGCCAAGACAAGAAUUUGGAACUCACAAAUCAAGCUUUAAGGUCAUGGCAGAGGUAGACAUACACCACAGGCCAUACAACAUCGUCCUUGCGCUUGCACAUUUACUUGAAACGCCCUAUAUAUAUCUGUAUGUAAACUCACAACUGAAUAAAAUGCAUGUGUCGGCAGAAAAUAAGGAAGGUAUCUUGAUUUAUCUGAUUCAAAUGGGUGAAUCAGGGGCAU